AUGUGCUCUGCCCGCAACGGCAGGGCGCUCCAGAGAGUGGUGCCUUCGACCGCUGUACCACUCGGAGGACCAGAACCCCCGACCCAGAACCCCGACCACCCCGCUCCAGAUCCCCGACCCACCCACACCGCUCCACAACCCCGACCCACCCCGCUCCAGAUCCCCGACCCACCCCGAACCACCCCGCUCCACAACCCCGACCCACCCCGCUCCAGAUCCCCGACCCACCCCAACCCACCCCGCUCCAUAACCCCCGACCCACCCCGCUCCACAACCCCGACCCACCCCAUCCCCGACCCACCCCGACCCACCCCGCUCCAUAACCCCCGACCCACCCUGCUCCACAACCCCGACCCACCCCGCUCCAGAUCCCCGACCCACCCCGACCCACCCCGCUCCAUAACCCCCCGACCCACCCCCGCUCCACAACCCCGACCCACCCCGCUCCAGAUCCCCGACCCACCCCGACCCACCCCGCUCCAUAACCCCCGACCCACCCUGCUCCACAACCCCGACCCACCCCGCUCCAGAUCCCCGACCCACCCCGACCCACCCCGCUCCAUAACCCCCGACCCACCCCGCUCCACAACCCCGACCAACCCCGCUCCACAACCCCGACCCACCCCGCUCCAGAACCCCGACCCACCCCGACCCACCCCACCCCGCUCCACAACCCAGACCCACCCCGCUCCAGAACCCCGACCCACCCCGCUCCACAACCCCGACCCACCCCGCUCCACCACCCCGACCCACCCCGACAUACCCCGCUCCAGAACCCCGCUCCACAACCCCGACCCACCCCGCUCCAGAACCCUGACCAACCCCGACCCACCCCUCCCCGCUCCACAACCCCGACCCACCCUCCCCGCUCCACAACCCCGACCCACCCCGCUCCAGAACCCAGACUCACCCCGCUCCAGAAACCCCGGCCACCCCGCUCCAGAACCCCCCGGCCCACCCCGCUCCAGAACCCCGACCCACCCCGCUCCAGAACCCCGACCCACCCCGCUCCACAACCCAGACCCACCCCGACCCACAACCUCGACCCACCCCGACCCACCCCCCCAACAGGGAGAGCAGCAGCCCAGAGGGAGACCAGCAGCCCAUCCAGCCCAGCAGGGAGACCAGCAGCCCAUCCAGCCCAGCAGGGAGAGCAGCAGCCCAACAGGGAGACCAGCAGCCCAUCCAGCCCAGCAGGGAGACCAGCAGCCCAUCCAGCCCAGCAGGAGAGCAGCAGCCCAUCCAGCCCAGCAGGGAGACCAGCAGCCCAUCCAGCCCAGCAGGGAGAGCAGCAGCCCAUCCAGCCCAGCAGGGAGACCAGCAGCCCAUCCAGCCCAGCAGGGAGAGCAGCAGCCCAUCCAGCCCAGCAGGGAGACCAGCAGCCCAUCCAGCCCAACAGGGAGAGCAGCAGCCCAUCCAGCCCAGCAGGGAGACCAGCAGCCCAUCCAGCCCAGCAGGGAGAGCAGCAGCCCAUCCAGCCCAACAGGGGAGACCAGCAGCCCAUCCAGCCCAGCAGGGAGAGCAGCAGCCCAGCAGGGAGAGCAGCAGCCCAUCCAGCCCAGCAGGGAGACCAGCAGCCCAUCCAGCCCAGCAGGGAGACCAGCAGCCCAGCAGGGAGACCAGCAGGGAGACCAGCAGCCCAUCCAGCCCAGCAGGGAGACCAGCAGCCCAUCCAGCCCAGCAGGGAGAGCAGCAGCGUAG